UUUAACAAUAUUUAAUUUCUUCUGUUCAAUAUGUUAGUUAAGAUUUUACCAUAGCACAAUACUCUCAAGGAUUUUACAAUAUACUAAAUUUCUUGUGUAGUUUCAGAAAAUGCAGGCCCUCAUCGCAUUCGCGGUCGUUUUCGUAGCUGCCACAGCCCAAGAGUAUGAUCACCAUCCCUAUGAAAUCUUAUUCAACAACUAUGAACUGAUCCCAGAGUCUUACGUCGACCCGCAAGUAGGGUUGAGGUACCGUAGAGACGUCACUAUAGACCACAAGACUGACAACGGUCGUGUUUUUGGCACCCUCGGACAAAACGAUGAUGGAUUAUUCGGUCGUGCGGGCGUAGAGCGUAAUAUCUUCAACGACGCACGCGGUCGUCUGGAUGCGCAAGCGCAUGGCACACGAACAAUCGGCCCCAUGGGCGGGUCCAGCGCACUCGGUGGAUCGCUCAACUGGCGUAACGACAACGCAGCCGCCUCCUUCGACGUCAGCAAGCAAAUACACGGCCCCACCUCGUGGUCUGCUGCUGGCGGCGGUCGAUGGCCGGUCGGUAAGAACGGAGAUUUCGGCGUGGACGGCACCUACAGUCGGUUUGGAGGUAUGAAAGAUUAUGGUGCACGAGGAGUUUUCAAUUACCGUUGGUAAAAACAAAAAUACCUUCAUAGCCUUGUACAAAUAAAUACCAUGUACAUACAUAUCAAAUCAAUAGCAAUAAGCAUUAAAUGUACAUACGUUAAAUAAUUAUUUAUUGAGAACCAAAAGUUAAAUUUAUUUAAGACAUAAUAAAUUAAGUUUUAUAUAAGAAUAUAUAUUGUAAAUAGUCAAAGAAUAAAACAAUUUUAUAAAUAACUAAGCUUUCAUUUUAUUGAUUAGUGGUAUGACGUGAAAACUUCGGAAUAUAAGUAAACAACAGAGAGCAGCGCCUGAUCAAGAGAUUUGACCAAUUAUAACGACGCGCCCUCUUCGCAAAUAUGCGCAAAUUUCUUUUGCGUACUUUUUCGUUUGUCCCUGAGACGGGAUUCGAGCCCACGACCUUUUACCAUCCGGGCGACUGCUCUAACCACUGAGCUAUACAGGACCUAACAGGAAUGUCGAAUUUUUCAAACACAUAACUUUUGCGCUACUACA